UAAAGUUGAUUAUUUGAUAUUUCGUUAUCUAAGAAAUUUUGUUAAUUUAUUAAAAUUAUGUCUACCCCGGUAGAGUUAAGUUUUGAUGAAAUAUUGAAAUUCAUGUUAGCACAUAAUGGUAAAGUGACAAAUUAUGAAUUGGUAAAACAUUUUAAAGUCUUUCUUAUGAACCCCGACAUGAGAGAUGAAGCGAGAAACACAUUCAAGAAACAUGUCAAUGCGUUGGCUAUUAUAAAAAACCAAAACAACGAGAAAUGGCUGAUACUUAAGAAGAAGUACAUGCCGAAUAAUAGUAAAAAAGAAGAGGUGGCUGUUAAUGACAGUGUAUCAGAAUCUGAAGGUAGCACGCAGUCAGUGCCCUACCAGCCCCCGCCUCCAUUACAACUUAAUCAAGACUUGAGUAUUCUAACAAACCUGAUACAGACAAAUAAUGUGGUUCAAAGUACAGAAAGUUCCUCCCCUCUGCAUCAGAGCGAUUCUAGCAUCAGCUUAACUUUGCCCAGUGAUAUUUCACCUGAAGAUGUCCCACCCAAAGUACACCCAAGACGUAAAUCUGCUGAUAAAGCAGCUGAUAAAAGAACUAGUGUACCUGUAGCUCCUUUAGAACGGACAUUAUCUACACCAAAUGAUGACAGCGAGGUGCCUGUUAUUGAAGCCUUGUCAUCUACUGCUAUAUCUAAAAGUGAAAGCAUGCUGGUUGACAAUGAACACAUGAUCUCAGUGAAGGAGCGGAAGCAGAUGUUUAAUAGGAUGGCUUCGGAGGGGGACAUGCUAAAACAUCAAGUGAGCGGAAACUUGAGUUCACAGAACAUUGACGAGGAAGAUCGGGUGUCAUUGGAUCCCAAGAGCGAGAGCGAUCCCCUGGACUCCAAGCAGAAACAGUGGAUCCUCAACGCCGCCAGGGGCGACUACCAUGCCCUGGCAAAAAUGUGUAAGGAAAACGCUAAGCUCGUUAAAACCAAGGAUCCUUUUACGGGUUAUACGGCGAUGCACUGGGCCUGUAAACGCGGCGAUGAAAAUUUAGUGAAACUGUUAGCCGGGGCCGCGCGGCACGUUGUCUACGAGCGCUCGAAUGGGGGAUACACUCCUCUGCACAUCGCCAUGCAGUUUCGUCAUGAAAAUCUCUUCAGACUACUCGUCGAAGCUUACGAUGCGGAUCCGAACGCUAGAGAUUGGUCUGGCAGGAAGCCAAGACAAUAUCUAGUCAAUAUUGACACCUCCUUGUCUCCGGGCUCCUACAGAAAGAAAGAGGGUUUCCUCCGGAUCGGGUCGUUGAACGUCCGCGUGAAGAAGACGACGGAGGCGUUCAGCAACUUCCUCGGCGUGGGCGCGACGCGCUCGUCCGCCUACAUGCCCAAGUCGGCCCGGGACCGCCCGCUGGACCGCAACUCGGACGACGCCACGCACAAGAGCUGGGGCUCGGCGGAUAAUCUGCAGAAGGAUGACAAGCUGAUGCCUCCUCCUAAUACGAACAGCGGGAAGGUGAGGCGGCGCGGUGCCACGGGCCGUCGAGGCCUGGGCUCGCACAGUCGGAGCACGCCCACGACCCCUGACCAGCCUCGAGCGCGCAUCGGCAGCAGCGAGACUGGCGACUCGGACUCAGAUUCGGCGGCCGGCUUCCACUCCGCCUGGCGCCAGCAGCGCGCCUCCAAUUGCACAUAGCCCAUGCCAUGAUUGAAGCCGCGGUCUCGUGAACGGUGGGAUUGACAGGCACACGUGGUGAUCAGUCUUAGGGCCGGUUGCAUCAAACCGUCUGUCGCCAUUAAAGUAUUCGUUACAUUUUAUUGUGUGGGAAGUUCUAUAGACGUCUGCUGCGUGACAAUGAUGUGUCUGUCAAAUUUGGUUGAUGCAACUGGCCCUUAGUCAGUGCUUCUCCAACUGUAUAUAUAUAGCGUGUCGGCAUAAAUAAACCUGGGAUGGUAUACGAUGCUAUGACGUUCAUUGAAAGCAAGAAAGUCCUCUUAUGCUGCGGUCUUGUGAGCGGUGGAAAACAUGGUGCACUGAUAUUUAUAUGAUGUUUAUUGCAAUUUUUUAUGUGUUCCUUGUUCAUAUGCAUAUGAUUUAAAUUACAUUAUAUGUGAGUGUGUUUAGUAAAACGUCCCACUUUGUCGGUUACCAUUAAGGCAAGAUUUACUUGUAUCUUCAUAUGAAUAAACUGACAAAGUGGCUUUAUAGCAAUCGACAAAGUGGGACGUUUUCCCGUGCACACUCACAUAUGUUGGUGGUAUACGAAAAUAAGAGUACUUUGAAGCUAAAGAAUAGACGCAACGUACGAAAUACAGAUGUAGAGCGAAAAGAUUUGCCUUCGCAUUGUUUGUUGCUGAAACGUACAAGAUGUACUGACAUUGACUGAACUAGCAUGAUAAAUAAUACGAACAUCAUCAUCAGCCUCCUUGCGUUAUCCCCGUUAUCCCGGCAGCCUGGCGUCCGCAUUGACAACUAAUCCCAAGAUUUUGCGUAGGCACUAGUUUUACGAAAGCGACUGUAAUCUGACCUUCCAACCCGAAGGGUAACUAGGCCUUAUUGGAAUUAGUCCGGUUUCCUCACGAUGUUUUCCUUCACCGAAAAGCGACUGGCAAUAUCAAAUGAUAUUUCGCCCAUAAGUCCAGAAAAACUCAUUGGUACAAGCCGGGUUCGUACCCGCGACCACCGGAACGCAAGUCGCACGCUCUUUCCGCUAGAUACCUUUUUUCAUGACAAAUACGAACGUUUCCGGAAAAAUACGUAGGAAACCCUUUUCGCACUACCUGUACGCCGUUUCACUACUAUUAUUCCAUAUUCCAGAAUGUUACUUCACGCUAGUGAAAAGCUGAAGUUGGUCCUAGGCUACAAUUUUACGAAACAGACCACUGCAUAUAAAAUAUACACUUUCUAACAAAAUGAAAAAUCAAGUAUAUGAAAUAUGAAAUUUUAUAAGGGGUGCCAGUGUGAUGAUUAUGUGAUUGAAUUAUCUCCUCUUCACCAAAUCGUGGCUUUAUGGAUUUUAUCUCUAGAUUCGCAGAUUGGUUCCAAUUGCUUACUUAUACAUCACAUUUAGUGUCUUUAUUAUACUUGCUUUAUUAGAAUUAUCUUAUUGUAGGCAAUAUUGAUGUAUACAACUAAUAAUAACUAAUAACAAAAUAGGUAGACAUGUAAAUCAUAGUUAUAUUAUAAUUAUACCUGUGGAUAAGAAAAAAGGUUACCAAAUCAGAACAAUUUAAACACAUAUCAAUUUGGCUGAUAAAUUUAAUGUACAGUCACGCUAAGUAGGUAAGUGAUUAUUUCUGUACCUUGUCACAUUAACUUUUUGUUUGAAUUGUCAUACGAAGUUGUUAAAAAUGUAUAAAAGCGACAAGGUACAGCAAUCAUCACUUAUUUUUGUCGGUAACUGUACUAACCCACUUUCAUUAUUUAUAUUUUUUUUUUCUUUAAUACCUAUAUGGCAUCUUAUUUCGAUUUUUAUACAUUUAAGUUCAUGUGUCUGAAACCUUUCAAUUUAGAUGUAUGUAUUUUGUGAUUAACCCAUUGUAGCCGAAACAUUUUUGGUCUCUUCAAUGGGCUAUUAUGAGUUAACUGAAUUACAAAGUGAGGUGAGACCUAUCCCAAUUUCAGUGAGUGACCUGCCAAUGAAAAGUUCUGUUGAUUGAUGGCAAUGUCAUAAAGUAUAGGUAGACAUAGGAAAAAGGUAUAGGUAUACAGGUAUCUUAGGGAUUAUAUUACGUGAUAUUACUAUUUUUAUUUAAAAGUGCACAAAACGUCCUCAUUAUUCAUCAAAGUGCCUUCUACCACUUGAAUAUACGGUAUAAUUUAGUACGAAAAAUGUAUAAUGUACCUAAUCAUUCGAUAUAGGGUUUUAAUGAAAUAUAUGAACUUUAGAAAAACAAAUUAAUUGUUAAUAUAACACGAGUAGUCUCCAAUGUCUCCAUUGAUUGAAUGAAUGCUCCAGAAAUGUAAAAAAAUCAUUUGCUUGAGUAUGGUUGGUAUUCGACCGGAACAGUCUUGAUUCGGUUUCUCGAGUUAUAGAAAUUAUGAAUUAAAUAUUUUUGUAUAAUUACAUGAAUUUAAUACACCUUUUGUAUGAUGGAAUUUCUAAGUCAGCAUUUAUCUAAUUGCAAAUGAAAUUAUUUUAAGUAGGAUGUAAGUAACUUUGCAGCGAUCAAAUCGUUAGUAUUAUUUUUAUUUGUAACUACCCUGACAUUCCAAUGUGACGCUUUAUUACUGCAAAAAUGAAUAUAAAUUUAAAUGUAUGGAA